CCCGGCCUGCUGGGGAACAAAGGGAGCGCGGCCGGCGCCGGAGCGGAAGUACAAAUAUAAUGUCAGGUGGCUGAAAAUUUGCCUAUCAAAAUGUCAAAAAGGCCAUCUUAUGCCCCACCUCCUACCCCAGCUCCUGCAACCCAAAUGCCCAGCACACCAGGGUUUGUGGGAUACAAUCCAUACAGCCAUCUGGCCUACAACAACUACAGGCUGGGAGGGAACCCGGGCACCAACAGCCGGGUCACGGCUUCCUCUGGUAUUACCAUUCCAAAGCCCCCCAAACCCCCAGACAAGCCCCUGAUGCCCUACAUGAGGUACAGCCGGAAGGUCUGGGACCAAGUGAAGGCGUCCAAUCCUGAUUUGAAGUUAUGGGAAAUUGGCAAGAUUAUUGGAGGAAUGUGGCGAGAUCUCACUGAUGAAGAGAAGCAAGAGUAUUUGAAUGAAUAUGAAGCUGAAAAGAUAGAGUACAAUGAGUCCAUGAAGGCCUACCAUAACUCUCCUGCAUACCUUGCCUACAUCAACGCAAAAAGUCGUGCUGAGGCUGCGUUGGAAGAAGAAAGCCGACAAAGGCAGUCACGCAUGGAGAAAGGUGAACCUUACAUGAGUAUACAGCCAGCAGAAGAUCCAGAUGAUUACGACGAUGGAUUUUCUAUGAAGCACACAGCCACAGCUCGUUUCCAAAGAAACCAUCGUCUCAUCAGUGAGAUACUGAGUGAAAGUGUGGUGCCUGAUGUCCGCUCUGUUGUCACUACAGCUAGAAUGCAAGUUCUUAAACGCCAGGUUCAAUCUUUAAUGGUUCAUCAGCGUAAACUAGAAGCUGAGCUUCUGCAAAUUGAAGAACGUCAUCAGGAAAAGAAGAGGAAGUUUUUGGAAAGCACAGAAUCCUUUAACAACGAGCUUAAAAGGCUAUGCAGUUUGAAGGUGGAAGUGGAUAUGGAAAAAAUUGCAGCUGAAAUUGCUCAGGCUGAGGAGCAGGCUCGCAAGAGGCAGGAGGAAAGGGAAAAAGAAGCAGCUGAGCAAGCUGAGCGCAGUCAGAAUAACACAGCAGCUGAGGAAGAACAGGCAGCUAACAAGACAGAGGAGAAGAAAGAAGAGGAGAGUGCUCCAAUGGAGACAGAAGAGCCUCACCCAGAAGAGAGCACAGAAAACCAGCAGAAUGGUGAAGAAGGAACAUCUACCCCAGACGAUAAGGAGAGUGGCCAAGAGGGUGUCGAUAGCACUGCGGAGGAGGGAACCAGUGACAGCAACACCGGUUCAGAGAGCAACAGCGCGACGGUUGAAGAGCCUCCUGCAGACCCUAUCGCUGAGGAUAGUGAGAAGAAAGAAUAAAUAUUGACUCAUUUCAUGUGUCUCUUUUUAAUGAAGUACUGUUUUGAUUUCAAAAUGUGCUCCGCGGCUUUUGUAUCUUCCUUGCCUGUUAUCACUUGUCUCCAAAGGAUACUGGGUUUUAAUAAUGGGUCAGAUUAUCAGCAUAGUGACUUAAAGGGGCCUUUAGAGGCAAAGGAUAUCUUGCAACAGACAAAAGAAAACCUCGUGUUUCUAAACACCAGCUGUACAAUGUGGAGAGGCACUUAACUAUUGCUUGGCAUUUCUUCCCGAGAAAGAUAGCGUUGGUUUGGGGUUUAUAUUAGGAAUCAGCCUUCUCCCUUUCUUCUAGUUGCACGACCAUGGUGAAAAUGUCGUCUUUCUCAAAGGCCCUUGUUUGCUUGUGGCUGAAGCGAGAUGCAGGUGUGUGUCACCUCUCUGCCGUAGCCCUCCUGACCUGGCUUCGCAGAGGUUAGUGAACACCGCGCUGGCAGGCAGGACACCGGUGCUGUGGUCACGGAGGGUGGUUAAUGCACUCGCUUUCUGGAGGGGUCAGACUGUUACUGAGGCAUCUUGAUGUUGGCAUUAAGCAAAGCCGCGAGGCCUGUGCUGGGUAUAACCUAGAGCAUUUCCUUGCUCUAACACCACCAAAAAGCCCCACAGCAGCCUCACGUGAGUGACCAGGGCUGCUUCAGCUCUUGCCAGCAAGGACAUCUGCUGCAGCUGCCCCGUUCUUUCCUUUUAAAAAAAGCUUUCAGUACUCACGAGUAGCGCUCUAAAAGACUUGGUCUUAGGGGGGUUUUUUUGUUUAAUCUCUUUGUUAUCUUCUAGAGUUGGCUGUUCUACAGUGAUGGAAACUUGCUUACAUUCUGCAUGCAGCAUUUCAGGAGAUCCAUUUCCAAAGGACUGAGUAUAGUCGUCUUUGGGGGUUUUUCAGUGGUAAAGGAUUCUUUUCAACAACAAUCUUUGCUUUUCUUUACCAAUUAACUCCUUCAUUUGCUACUAAGAUACCCUGGUAUGACCUCAGCCAGAGAUACGGCAAAGUACAAAGCAGGAGAGCAUUUAAACACGUACAUGUUCUCUGAGCAGGCAGUCACUAAUAUGGCAGAAAUGGUAAAAAAUAGUAGUUUUUCUUGCCAUGAGCUUUCAAAACCUCUGGGAACUCUACAAAUGUACUGAAAAUGCCAUAUUUUGCCCUAUAUAAGCAGAAGCCCUACUGAAGGAAAAAACCACCCUUAACUGCAGCAACAGAUACAAGCCGUUCCAUGACUUUAUAAGAGAACACAUGAUGCAUAUGCUUCAAUAAACUAGUAUGUUUUUACAGAAUAGUGGGUAUAUCACAUGGUAAUGUUUUUUAAAUCCUUUUGGUCUUUUUUUUUAAAUGGUCUAAAAAUAAUAAAAUCCAACAUGUUUUGGUUUUUUAAACUUA